AUGAUCCGAAAACAAUUUAAGCUUUUAUUUGUUUUUGAUGCCACCACAACAAGUAAUCAGGAGCCGCCAACUUGUCUUCCAAAUGGUAGCAAAUCAAAUUGGCCAACAAGAACAGAGCAGAGCAGAAAAGACCACAUCUCCUCCACUUCGCUCCUCGUGGAGCGAGCUGGGUGCAAUGAGCAUACAUCAUGGCCAGAAGUUGCAUUCGGACACUGCCCGAGUACGAGUCCAAUUGAUGGAUCACCGAAAACCGACUGCCAGACUGCUCAAUGGUUGCUCUUGCUGCAGCAGUUGCUGUUGCUGCUGCGGCUGCUGCUGCUGCAGUUGCAGUGGGACCAACGCCAAAUGAGUUGA